GUAGCGCUUUUUUCCCGCGCCGCAUGCAAACGAUGGGGCCGGACUUAGCAGCAGUGCCUGGGCGGGCGGGGCCUGCAGCCGGCGACGGGGCGGAGCUCGGAGAAGGGGCGGAGCUCGGGGGCGGAGCGGAGCUCGGAGUCGGGGCGGAGCGCACCUAUGUGACGCAGCGGCGGCGGCCAUGGCGCCUGGGCGGCUCCUCCCGCUGCUCCUCCUGCCCACGGCCGCCGCCAUCGACGCUCGGCCCGGCCCGGCCCCGAGGGGCCCCCCCUGCUCGAGCUCUGCUCGCUGCCCAAGGCGGUGGGACAGUGCCGGGUCCCAAUGCCACAGUGGUGGUUCAACAUCACUGGUGGUUCAUGCCAAAGCUUCGUCUUUGGUGGCUGCAAGGGGAAUGCCAACUUCCUGAUGGAGCGGGAAUGUCGGGAGAGCUGCGUCCUCGGAGGGGCUCCAAAGAAACCUGAGUAUUGCGCUGAGCAGACCAAAGCCAACUCCACCUACGAUACAUACUGCAUCGUCCCCUGGGUGACUGGCCCGUGCUGUGCCUCCUUCCUGCGCUGGUACUACAGCCCGGCAAACCGAACCUGCCAGCGAUUCAUCUAUGGUGGCUGCCAGGGAAAUAAGAACAACUACCAGCAUGAAGAGGAAUGCUUGAAACGCUGCAGCCCCAAGCCAGAAGAUACCGGUGGCACCGGUGCCAAUUUCCGUGGCGAUUUUCUCUCUACCAAAGCGCUGGCACUGGGGGUGCUCCUGGCUGUCCUGGCAGCCGUUUUGUUGGGUUACAUGAUGGACAUCACCCUCAAGACAUGCCGGAGAAAACCAGAGCUGCCGGGAGUGGGAACGGGAUGGAGCCCUGGCAAUGACAAGGAAUAUCUGAUGAGCAAUGCCUACACCCUCUGAGAAGGGGGGGUGCAUCCCCUCUUUCUGGACACACCCACCCCCCCCCCCCCCAAAGUGGGAGGACUCCCCCCUCCCCCCCCAAUGAUGUCUCUGGUGCAUUUUGGGCACCUCACUUGUUCUUUGUAAUUAUUUUUAUUAUUU